CUUAAAACAAUUCUGUCAUGUUGAAUUCCGAAAUAAGUCAUCAGAAGUUGUUAAUAUCGUGUUGUAGAGCUCGGAACGUAAACUUGGUUCUUUUUGAAUUCAAUGAAAGUAACGAAUAAUGGCAAAAAUGGUCCAAACGUUUACAGCAUACUCCAUCACUGCAAUAUUUUUAUUAACAGCCUUACCGACGAACUCACAAGAAAUGCACGCUUGUGACGGUUUUAACGGAAGUACUUGCAUUAUGAAUGACAUAUCUAAUUUAUAUGAUCGGAUAUUUUACGCACUGUAUGUUUGGAACAAACCAAGUUAUGGAAUAAAAUUCACUUCGAGCCACUUUGAUGAACUAACAUCAUCUGAAGUGAAUGUUGUUUAUGAUUCCAUACACUCAAUCACCAACAUAGAUUUAUCGGGUAAUCAUAUCAAAAUAGUAAAAAAAUUUCAUUUUACUAUUGAAGGUUUGUUGGUCGCAAAUUUGUCUGGAAAUGAGAUCGCAAAUCUUGAUUCAAGUUCGAUAUUUAAAGCACAUCCACAACUGCAAACACUCGAUUUGUCGUUUAAUCGUAUCACAUCAAUUGUUUCUGACGCCUUUGACGGUUUAUUGGAAUUGAAUUAUUUGAAUUUAAAUGAUAAUCAGUUGAAAGUAAUCGUUGAAUAUGUGUUCGCGCCUUUAGUGAGUCUAAAAGACUUAGAAUUGUGCAGAAAUUUAAUUGAAAAAUUUGAGAAUUAUCCGUUCGUUCAUUUAGUGAAUUUGAAAAAAAUUUCUUUGGAAAAAAAUAAUUUUUCGGAAUUUAAUUUCAAUUUGUUCGAACGGAACAUUAAAUUACGGCAAAUCUCACUCGGUGAUAAUUAUGGUAAUGGUUUUCUGUCGUUGAUUGGAAGUAUCAAUUUUACGGCUAUGAUUGAUGGAAUGUUUGAUGUUAAAUUAACUAAAAUAAUACAGUCAAAUUGUAUCAUUCCUGCCCAGUCUGUCUUUAUAAAAGAUUCUAAAUUAUCUGAACUUAUGAUACCGACCGUAGUCGAAACUAUCGAAGCGACCAAUUCCAGUAUAACAAAACUUCUGUUCAAGGACCAUGAUUCAUCGCUCCGGAUUGGUGAUUUUAGUAGAAAUUCAAUAACUGGUCAGUUAUCGUUUGAGAAUUGUCACAAAUUGGAAAUUUUAGAUUUAUCAUUUAACCAAAUACAAAGCAUUAGAUUUUCCAACCAGUCGCCCAUAACGGAUCUCAAUUUGUCCAACAACAACUUAACACUCAUUCACCAAACCAUGACCAGUCUGUCUAAUUUGAAAAUUUUGGACUUGUCUUUCAAUUGUAUUGGGACUUUCGAAGUACACACUUUCGGGAACAUGAUUUCUUUGGAAGUACUAAAUCUACGCCAAUCAUGUCUCAAAUCGUUGGCCUAUGGGACAUUUUCGUUUCAAGUCAAUUUGAGAGUCUUAGACAUUUCAUUUAAUAACCUAAACAGCAUUGACCUAGAAUUAUUGUCCGCUCAAGCCGAGCUCGAAGAGUUGUUUAUCGAUGGCAAUAAUUUGACCAACAUUCAGUCGAUCGACCAAAUUGAAAUUUAUUUGCCAAGACUCCGACAGGUGGGCUUGACUCACAAUAACUGGAGUUGUGAAACGUUGAGCAAUUUAAUCAAGAAAUUCCGUCAGUUGCGCAUCACCGUCUUCGUCGAAAUGGCCAUUUCAAAUACAACAAAUAUAAAAGGAAUCGGUUGUACGGCAAGAAACUCAACGCAACAGACAGUUGUACUUCCAAAUAUUUCAAUGCCAAUAAACCAGACCGCGUACAUGAGUAAAAUUGAGAAAAUAAAUGAAAUAGUUGAAACGGUUAAUAAAUUGAAGGACACGCGAAACUAUCGUGAAAGUCUCGAUAAUGCAUUCAGAGAUCUGCAGCAGGAAAAAUUGAAAUUGAAAUUAGAUUUCAACGAGCAAAUUAUACAGUUGAAGGCAUUCGGUAGGGGAAUCCUUCAUAAGUUUACAAUUUUAAAUGAUGAAAAUUCUGAGACGUUGAUGAAGAUGAAAGCUAGAAUUCUACAGUUGAGUCAAACGAAUAACGAAAAGUACGAUCUCAUAGUCGAAAGUAUCAAGAGCUUAGAGGACAAAUUAAAAUUGAUUCAAUUGAACGAAGAAAAUAUUACUGAUAAUAGAAAAACAGCAAAACAUAAAAUUAAACUGGAAUCUGAUUAUCGUGAUGAUUUAGGUUCAAUACGAACGUUGGAAAUAAUAUUAAUUGUAUCGUUGUUUGUGCUAUUAACUGUUGCAAUCUAUUAUAUUUACGUGUACUGUUAAAGUAAAAGUAAUAAAUAAAUA